GCGGGACUCAUUCUCCCGGCGUGCCUCUGGGCGGGGGCCGCCGGGGCGGGGUGGGCCGAGGUGGUGUGGGGAGCGCGGGCGAGAGAGGGUAAGGGGUUCGCGCCGCGCACGGUGCCGCCGCCGCCGCCGUAAUAGGAGCUGAGGGUCUUUGGUGAGGAUUCAGAAUGGGAGACAAGCCUAUCUGGGAGCAGAUCGGGUCCAGCUUUGUACAACAUUACUACCAGCUUUUUGAUGCAGAUAGGACUCAGUUAGGAGCAAUAUAUAUUGAUGCAUCAUGCCUUACGUGGGAAGGACAGCAAUUCCAGGGCAAAGCAGCUAUUGUUGAAAAACUCUCUAGCCUUCCUUUCCAAAAAAUACAACACAGCAUCACAGCACAAGACCAUCAACCUACACCUGACAGCUGUAUACUCAGUAUGGUAGUGGGACAGCUUAAGGCUGAUGAAGAUCCUAUCAUGGGAUUCCACCAGAUAUUUCUAUUAAAGAACAUCAAUGAUGCCUGGGUUUGUACCAACGACAUGUUCAGGCUAGCACUGCACAACUUCGGCUGAGCUGGCAACCCUGAAGCACCCCAGCUUUAUUUUUGUUUGUUCGGGGGUUUUUUUUUCUUUCUCUCACUGGUAUUAUUCACACUCACAGAACAUUCCAAAUAUCAUACACAAACCUGCAGCACUGCAGAGUGUGAGCAAAGCAAGAGCUGUGACCUGCCCUUCUGCUGAGUUUACAUUGUCAGAGAUGAAUUUCUUGUGCAUGAUGUUUGGAAGUUAGACUUAGCUGCAUUUGACAAGAGAAAUUUGUGUUGUACCAGCAUGCCUCAGAAAGAAGUAAUAAUGCAAAAGGUUGUUGCUAUGUACUGACAAGAUGCUCUAUAACCCAAAGACAUGAAAGAACAGCAGCCUGUACAGCCCAGAUACUGAUUUGUUCAGAUGUUCCAAUGCUACGUUACAUAAUAAAACCUUGAGAUUUUCUUAACAGUUUAAA